CCCAUAACAGUAAUAAUAUUUAUCAGGAACGUUUUUGCGAGACGAAAGUAGAAAGUACUCUGUAGUUAUUACAAUCGAUACUUUAUCUAUCAAUUCUAUAUGCUCCAUAUAUGUUGUGAGGUAGUACCAUGUUUGGAUCUUUCAUUGUGAGGCUCAUCAAACCAAGCAACCCAAAAGGAAAACAAGAUAAAAAUUUACAAUGACUCAAUGAGAACUACUUGGCUCUUUCCUUUCCCUCCUCCCCACAACCUUCCAAACCAAACAAGGACUAAGUGUGACGGCUGCAAUUCUCGCACCUCAUCCCACGCCUACAAUACAUCUUCAAUGGCUUGGAUGAAAGCGGAAAUCUUGUAGGUGAAAAAUCCAACCAACAUUGGGAUCAACUCAAGGUGAAUCAGUCCGUAUUCGGGGACCACAAUCCUUCACAAAAAAAAUACGAUUUCAAGGGUAAAAUUGUCAAUUAUCGAGAGAUGAUUGAAAAAAAUUAUAAUCUAAUUGGAACUACAUAACCAAAAUUUUUGUACGCUACCACCCCUUCACAAUUCACCUCGUGUUCAAAUAACGCGCCCCCAUCUCUUUUACACCUAUGCAAUUUGCCAAUUUUAAAUUACGCAUCCCCCAUCUCUUUUACACAUGUGCAACUUCAAAAACCCCUUCACAAUUCCAUGUUCCUUUCAACUUUCGACGCAUCACCCCUGCAAGAAUGAGGCUUUUCCGGAACCUGUGGGACAAGGCGAAGAAGUUGUUGAUUGAACGCUUCUGGCCUACCUACAAGAAGAAGGCGGAAGACGUUUUCUUGGAGGUCUUCGAUGAAGUCCUGGAUCAGUAUCUCGAAAAGGAAGAUUCCCAUGAGGAUGAAGAACCAGAAGAUGUUAAAACAGUGAUAGAAUGGAAUGGGGACUUCAUCGAAGACCUCCAAGAAACUUCUUCCACCUUCUUUUUGUAGGUAGGCCAGAAGCGUUCAAUCAACAACUUCUUCGCCCUGACCCAGGGUCAGGGAAAGCAUCAUUCUUGAAGGGGGUGAUGUGUUGAAAUUUGAAAAGAACAGGGAAUUGUGAAGGGGUUUUUGAAGUUGCACAUGUGUAAAAGAGAUGGGGGAUGCGUAAUUUAAAAUUGCACAAGUGUAAAAGAGAUGAGGGGUGCGUUAUUUAAACACGAGGUGAAUUGUGGAGGGGGUGGUAGCGUACAAAAAUUUUGGUUAUGUAGUUCCAAUUAGAUUAUAAUUUUUUUCAAUCAUCUCUCGAUAAUUUUACCCAUUUUGGUUAUCUUUUUCCCCGUUUCCUUUUUGAACAUUGUCUCGUAUCUUUCUUCCUCUUUUACAACUAAAAGACUAUACCCAUA